UCUACAACAUGCACUGAAGGAACUGAAGAGAGGAAUUAUUAAUAUUAUACUAGAUUAUAAUCGUGGUCUACAUCCUGUAUAAAUUACAUCAGUCUAGCAAUGUUACAAUACAUAUAGUACGUCAGCAAUACUAAUUUGUUUGUAGAUGAAGCCAACCAACAAGACUGAAUGAUGUCCGAACUGGCACUGCCACUGGCACUGGCCACUGCCACCGAAGCCGGCGAAGACGAAGUUCGCAGGCUGAGGCUACAUAAAUAACGUGACACCGUCUUACUUGCGCUUACGUGCCCUAUAAUACAAAACAAACUGAUAAGCCAUGACUAGUAGAUACCGAUGGCACCACUUGGCUGUAUUGACACUUGAGCUACCAUACAAAGACGUAAAUGACUCUCACAUAAUGUGUGUGUGUAAUAGGGCGUUUGUCUGGGACAAGGAUCUCUAUCAACUGGGUAUUGAAACUUUACCACUGGAGGAAGAAGAGGAAUGGGUUGAAGAUGAAGACAGAAAUCAGAAGGCAGCUGGGAUUUCAAAUGAAAAGUUGGAAAUAAAAACUAAUCAUCCUGGAAGCAAUGGCAUGUUCACUGCUGAUGAGGAACUCAUGAUAGCCAUGGGGUUGCCACUUGGAUUUACAAAUGGUGGCUGGAGGUCUGGAGAGGAUAAAAGUAUGACACAUGAUGCGAGGUCCAGCAAGAAAAAACGUCAAAAGCCGAAGAAACGACAUCAGAGAAGAGAAGCGGACGACUGUCUUUCUCAGCCUAGUCAGUACUGUGACGUGAUCGACGGAGGUCGCGACCCUGGCGCGGCGAACACCACGGAGACGGUUGCUGCCGAGACCGUCGCCACGGCGACAGUCGCCGCCGAGACGGUCGCUGCUUGGGAGGAAUACUGGAGCGUGCGUGGUGAUGAGCUGGUGUGGGAGAGCUGGGUGCGCAAGUACGCCGACUACAUCGAUCCCGAGUACCUCGGCACGCAUGGCUCCCUCUGUACUCGCGACGAACAAGAGAGCAUUCCCCGAGAGGAAGCAGCGGGAGCGUCUCGCGUCGCGCGGAGCGACGAGGAGAGGGCCGUCGUGUCCGGCGCGGAACAUCGCCCCGACGCCGUCGCCGGCGACUACAUAGACGACUGGAGCGAGUUGUGGGAGCAGCACGUCAGCGCGACGUACUGGACGCACUACCGCCAGUUCUGCUCUGCAGGUGGCGCCGGGCAAAGAACGGCGGGUGCGGCUGAGCUCGUGGAAGCGAACGAGUCCGGUAGAGUAGGCUGGAGCGAUGAUACGGGAAGCACCGGUGAGCCUGUUGUCAGUUUGAAUGCGGAUACCCGCGGAAGCUGUGAUGUAAGUGAAGCGGACAGUCAUGCUCCAACCACAAACUGUUUUUGUGUCUCUGGGAUAGGUCAUAUGCAAGCUGCUGGGUUAGGCGAUCAAGUUAUACCAGAGCAAGAAAGUCCGUCGGAAGGUGGUGUCAUUGACGUGGACGUUCAGAUACUUCCGGCUAAUGAAGACACACAAACAAUUCCGGUAUUUCCAUUGACAUGUGAUCACACAUCACAGCAGUGUUAUUCUUCUAUCGAGACAGUGUCACAGAAGUUCGAAUUGAGCUUGAACAUGGGUGUAUGCGAAACUGCUAACGAUUCCAACAGGGAUCUCACGCCGCUCGAUGAGCCUUGCAUCCUAGAAUAUCAUCAGCAAACAUACCAUGGCAGUGCUCCUGGCAAGGGUGGUUGUAGUAGUAUAAAUAGUAAAGAGCCUGUUGAUGGCAAGGAAGGUAAGGAGGCCAAAACAUCAAAGUCGGAAACACCUGCUAAUUCAAAUACGUCAUCUAAUGAAAGUAAAAAGGCACAAGUCCUAAAGGGAAACAGUGUCACUGGAGGUUUCAUUGGAAGCGGUGCUCAUGGUGAUGAUGGUGAGGAUGAUGAACCUCCUGAAGAAAGAAGAAUCCAUUAUAAAAGAAGCCAUGAGCAGGAUGACCAGGACUCGACCGUAAAUGAUGAAAAAGCGGAGGAUGAUGAUGAUGAUGAUGACGACGACGACGACGAUGGUGAUGAUGAUGACGAUGACGAUGAUGAGGUCGAUGCAAGAAAGACCUUGGACAUGAUGGGCUUUACAUUGGAAGACCAGCAGCCAAGAUACAAAGAUUUAGCUCUGUGGACUAAAGGGCAUGUUAAGUUCCAUCCUAGAAACGUGGAAGGAAGAUCAAAGGUCCUACUCCUGCCAUCCCAAUGGCAGUCGAAGAAACACACCCACAUUCGCUUUGCCGAGGAAUCCACAGUAGGCACUAGUGGUGCCACCUGCAUGCAGAGCGAGACACUAAAAGAGAACUUUAACAAAGUUGCGAAAAAGCACAGUUCCACUUCUUUGGAGAGUGGCGUAGACGUCUGUUGCCUGCAUGAGUCGGUUGCCUCGACGCAGAGCGCCUCGCGUGUAUCGGCAGAGUCGAGCAGCUCAUCGGAAAGCGAUGUUGACAUUUCCGAUCUCGUCGAGUGUGAGUCGCCAGUGAACAGAACCACUCAGCAUGGAGUAGAUGACGACGACGUAACGGAGGAACUGGGGUUAUGCGAUCCGUCCGCGCUGUCACAGUGGCCUGACACAGAGGCGAUGACUGCAAGCUCAUGGGAGGAGAAGCCUUCGAGGGGGAAGCUAAAGAAGAGCAAGAAGCGGAAGAGACGAAAUAGAAUUCCCGACGAAAUCGCCGAGAACAGUGAUCUGAUGAAGUACUGGUGCCAGCGUUACAGGCUCUUCUCGCGCUUCGACGAAGGUAUCAGGCUUGACAAAGAGUCGUGGUACUCUGUCACACCGGAGCGCAUCGCAGAGCAUCAAGCAGAGCGUUGUCGUUGUGACGUCGUCGUCGACGCAUUCUGUGGUGUCGGCGGCAAUACCAUCCAGAUGGCGCUCACGUGUUCAUUGGUGAUUGCAAUUGACAUAGACCCGCAGAAACUGGAGCAUGCCCGCCACAAUGCAGCUGUAUACGGAGUAACCGAUCGCAUUCAGUUCGUACUGGGUGAUUUCAUGCAGCUGGCACCAUCUCUCUCAGCAGACGUUGUGUACUUGAGUCCACCUUGGGGUGGACCCGAGUAUCUUGGAAGCGGGGUCUUUGACCUUCAGAAGAUGCCUAUAGAUGGAUUUAAGAUCUUCGAGAAGGCUAGUUUGAUAUCGGAGAAUAUUGCUUACUUUGUGCCAAGAAAUUCAAACGUCAAUCAGUUGACAUCAAUGGCGGGACACGGAGGUCAAAUGGAGAUCGAACAGAACCUAUUGAACAAUAAGCUCAAGACAAUUACUGCAUACUAUGGCAACCUAGUACAUAAUCAGUAUGCAAAUGAGGAGCCAGAGUGACCAGUUCAAGUGUUGUAAAUAGGAUUUAUCAGCAGUUAAUGACAUAAACAUAAUUAACCAUUAAUGCCUGAUUGCGAUGCCACUAUAGAGUUGAGUUUUGAACUGUCUGAGUUUUGCCUGAGCAACCAGGCAGAAAUUGUUUUAUUAUUCCAAUUUCAUAUCAUGAUUACAUAUAAGUUCAAUCAUGUUGCUUGUAUUGCAUGUUGUUUUGUAUAUGUAUAUUUAAUAGUCAUCACAUUUUAUGUAAAACUUUGAUCUUGAAUAUAUACAAUAUCUGGUUGUAUGAUGAUGUAUUGUGUAUGUAUUAUGAUGUUUAGCAUGUGUGCACCAGCAUACAAAUUCCAUGCGAAUCUUUCAAAUAAUUGAAAAAAUUCAUUUCAUUUCUGUUUGUUUAGGCCAUUCUACCCUAAAUGUUUUUUAAUGUAAGCCUUUCUUACCAUUUCAUUGUCUGGCAGAAGCCCUGUAAUCCAACACAUAGUCAUACAUACUCGAGUUUAAUCAACAGGAAGCUUUCUCUAGCAUGAGAAUUAUUUACACAUGUACAUAGAAUAUAUAUUAUAUAUUUAUACAGUACAUAAUAACGUCAUUAAAUUUUUGUUAAGAAACUUAUGAGAAAAACUUUAGAGGGCAAUAGUAGCAAUUAAGGAGGAAGCUGGACACGCUAGAAUUCUGAUAGUCGUUAGGGUCAUUAAUUAGGGUUGUAACCGUAUCAAACGAUGAUAUGUGUCAUGAUGAAGGCUUGAUCUAUGUUUAUCUUGUGGCAAUUGUAAUUCUUCUUAUGUAAUUGAAAUUAAUAAUGUAUAUAAUUAUAUAGAUAUAGGGCUACCAACUAACUGCUCAUAUAUGCAUUUUGGCUAAGAGUGAGUAAGAGACGAUGACGAUAACAAAAUAUGUAUCAUUCAUGACUGUAUAUUUAAAAUAUGUUGUCACAGAAGCUAUAUUUUUAUAUGGAAUAAAUCUAAAAUGAUUAUCUCUUAUUUGCUAUUUUAUUAUGUUAAUAAAGUAAGUAUUAAUAUAUUUGUUUCAAAGUAAAACUAAAACUCUCUCAUAUGGGUUUGCGAUUUCUCACUAGAUGACGCCACGAUUGUGUCACUGUUUCAGAAGGUCAGAAGUUUCCAUCCCCGUGAAAAGGCAUAUUUUGGAGUGAAUUUCGGUCUUCUUUGAACAUGUCUGGAGUAAUAGCAAAACUGGCACGGCCGCAGCUAAGAGGUCAUCUAACAUCUAGCAUCAAGAAAGACAUGGCUAUUGCUAUUGCACUCGGCCUUGCAGCCAGUAUCUCUUACAAAGUGUUCGUGUCUGACCGCAGAAAGCAGAGAUAUGCGGAUUUCUACAAGAACUACGACUUGCAGAAGGAGUUCGAAAGGAUGAGGCAAGCUGGUGUUUUCAAUUGCGCGCCGGCAGAUGAAUAACUGGCGACCAUCUAGACUAAUUUAACGUUGUUAGGAAUGUGAUUAAAUGCCACAGGAGUAAUGCCAUUAAUGAGUAGAUGGCGCCACAUGUUCUCAGAUAACUGAUAUUCAGUACGAUACUGGAUUCAAUCGUUAUUGUUUUUUGAACGUACUAGUAAUUACAUCAUUCAGUAAACUAGGUUUGUCUGCUAACUUAUGUCGACACGUUUCAAACAACAUUUCCUGUAAUUAUACCAGCAAUAGGUAAAAGAUGUAAUAAAUUUAAAAUACGUGUGAAAAUGUUUCUUUAUUAAAGUAUUUUGCUUAAUA